UACGGGGCGCCGUAAGAGCGGGCUACGUAGCUAUAGGGGAAGUAGCCCCGGCGGUGGCUGGGCUCGGCUGCCGGGCGAAGGUGGCGGUAGUCCUGGGCCCAGGGCCAGGCGGCACGGGCCUUCAGGUGAGGCCUGCUCUGUGUGAGCGGGGUGUCAUUCGUCCUGACGGCUGUUUCCACGGACAGCGGCGUCUCGGCGGCCUUCGGCUGGCAGAAGAUGCUACCAAGUACUUCAGUGAGUUCUUCGAUGCAGGGGAAUGGAGUCUUGAAUUCCAGGGAUGCAGCGAGACACACGGCUGGAGCAAAGCGCUACAAGUACCUCAGAAGACUUUUCCGAUUUCGGCAGAUGGACUUUGAGUUUGCCGCAUGGCAGAUGCUCUACCUGUUCACAUCCCCACAGAGGGUUUAUAGGAACUUCCAUUAUCGGAAGCAAACAAAGGACCAGUGGGCCAGAGAUGACCCUGCUUUCUUGGUCCUCUUAAGUGUCUGGCUCUGUGUGUCCACCGUAGGAUUUGGCUUUGUGCUGGACAUGGGAUUUUUUGAGACAAUAAAGCUGCUCCUGUGGGUUGUAUUCAUAGAUUGUGUAGGUGUUGGCCUUCUGAUAUCAACUUUGAUGUGGUUCAUCUCCAACAAGUACCUAGUGAAGCGGCAGAGCAGAGACUAUGAUGUGGAGUGGGGGUACGCCUUUGAUGUGCAUCUGAAUGCAUUUUAUCCACUCCUAGUCAUUUUGCAUUUUAUCCAGCUCUUUUUCAUCAACCAUGUUAUCCUCACAGAUACAUUUAUUGGAUACUUAGUUGGAAAUACUUUAUGGUUGAUUGCUGUUGGCUAUUAUAUCUAUGUGACCUUCCUGGGAUACAGUGCACUGCCGUUUUUGAAAAAGACAGUGAUCCUGCUCUAUCCAUUUGCACCUCUCGUUGUACUGUAUGGACUGUCGCUGGCACUGGGGUGGAACUUUACCCACAUGCUGUGUUCCUUCUACAAGUACAGAGUGAGAUGAAAGGUGACAGCAUUGUAGCUGAACUGCCCGCUGUUGGAGAAGGGAUCUCUUGUACAGUCUGUAGAUAGCUUAAAGAUGUAAAGUUUACAAAUUUGAGGUGAUACUAACACUAUUGUCCAGACCAUUCCUGAAAACUAAUUAAAUGUACAUUUCUAAUAUUUUUAAACUAAAGGAUGUAAUUGUUUAUUUAACCUGAAGCUAUACAUAAAAAUACCAAGGGCAUAAGUAAGGGGUAGAUGUCACACACUAUCUUGUUGCUGGCAAAACGUACAGACUCGCUCUGCCUGCAGUGUGGCUCACACGGGAGCCCCUGUCAUUUGAGAACUGUCUGUGUAAGCAGUGAAUACCUGUAUAGAUGACAGCCACUGUCUUACCAGGAUGGCAUGUUUGUCUUUUAAAGAUUCAAGAGGAACCAGCAACUAGUUGAAAAAUAGGUUAAAUAAACACCAUAGUAAUAGCACUAAAAAAAUUCUAUCGGUUCAUUUGGUUUGAGCCAUUUUUAUUAGAAGGAAUCUUGAUUCAACAUGGCUUUUCAAACUUCUUUAUUUCAAAUACACAUGGACAGUCAUAACACAGAGACGGUUAUGGAAGGCACAGUCAACAGGACAUUAGGUUUCAAUUAUAGCAGCGAACUUGAAAAUAAAUAAUCUGCCUUUAAAAAUCCAA